GUACUUAGUCCCUAUGUACCUCCCUUGUUGGAACUUUUGCUAAUCCACUAUAGGGUUCUAAGGCUUUCUCUAUAAUACUAUGGGCUACUUUCUUUAUUACAGUCUUCUGUAGCGGCCCAAUGCUCGCGUAUGCUUGGAAUUUCUCAGAUCGGAAGCCUGGUCUUUGGGCAGAAGAAGAUUUCUUUUUUCUCCUUCAGGGCUGCAUAUUGCAGGUCUUCAGUCUUUGUGUUAGUGCUUUGUCGCUUAUGAGGGGCAGGACAGUACCUGUGGCUGCUUGGCUCUUGCCAAGCGGUUUCGCAGUGGUUCUAACGAUUUGCUCGCCAUUUUUCUACUGUUUUAUAUCAAAAUGGUGGAGUUCAUUUGUUGUCUCAAUGGCGGCGUCAGUGCAGGCAUUUCUAGUGCUUCAAAUCGCACUUUAUAACAUGUAAUAGAAAGUAGUUAGUUUGCAAUAUUUAUAACCUUGUUUAGUUAGGGCCUAGAAGGGAUAUAGAAUCAGUUCGAGACAUUCCUG